CCGCUCGCCGCCGUUGACAGCGAAUGCACUUGGUCGUUGUUGAAUGCCCCACGUGAGACGUUCAACCGCGACGCGACGCGCACCUAUAAAAGGGCGCGCACAACCUGCCGUCCCUCUCCCCUGCCUUGCGCUCCCCGCCUCCCAGGCACCCCGUCCCCGCCGACGCCCACUCACCUUCACCUCAGCCCAAGGAUGCCUCUUCAUAGCUUCCACGCGAUGCCUUCUGUACCUCCCAUAGGUACGCAGGCAAUGCGGUUCGCGCUCCUCGCCAUUGUUCUGGUUGCGGCCGCAACCGUUAUCACCGCCACGGAGGGCCUCAGCGUGUGGUACAAGGUACAGAACGUUUUCAAUGCCGCACUCGCCCUCCUGCUCACCUCACCUAUGCUUCCCGCCAUCGUCGAUGUUUAUAUCAGUAUCGCCGUCGCCAUCUCUGGUGACAUGCAACCCGCCGUCAUCCACAUUUCGGACGUGUACGUCGGACGUCUUCGACCUUUCGUUGCAGCUGCCCCUGGUAUCAUCGCUCGGUCAAUGUCGCGCGCGAUGGUUGGUGUCAGGACAGGAGCACACAUCGCCCAUGUCGUCGCGGUCAUCGUCUCCAAGGCUCUUCGCGUUGUCCUCGACCUCGCCGCAAGGAGAUGCCUGACCGCCAUUGCCACGCUCGCAUCGUUCGCCCGAGUCGCUCGUGACAGCGCCUCGUCGACCAUCGUUACGGCUUCAUCAUCCCUUCCCGAGCUCACGGCAGCAUUCAGCAUCAGCGACGCGAUUAGCCCAGGUGUAGCCGACGCCCACCAGCUCAUGUUGCUCGACGUAGGAGCUGCACUUUCAAUCGCUGCUAUGGCUUCCCCUGUCUCAGCAAUGGAUGAGUACACCUCACCAGGUGUCAUAUCCCCUCGUACGAACACUCCUUCCCACCCCGUCUCACCGUUGGCGCCGCCUUCACCUGCCAUGGACACACCUGAAGUCCAAAAACAAACACCGUAUUUCACUCCUCGUCUGCGCUGCGCUUCUCAACACUCUACCGCAUCCACGACCAUCGGCCUCGGGAUCCUCAUGCCUGCGUCGAUCAACGACCAGCACCAAAUCGACGAGCCCACCUUGUUGUCUCACCAACACAGUCCUAUGUUUAUCCUCCUGAAUUCGUCACCCUCGUCAUCUGUUGUUUCCUUUUCCGAAUCUGUCAUGAGCGAUCAAGAUGAAGACGGACUGCAACACCUUCCUAUCAACGCAUCUGUUCCUCUCCCAGCCUAUACGCCCCAUAGCUCAAGCAUAAUAGAAUCCCCCGCCUGUCUUCUCGACGACAUAGAUGCCGCUGGCAUCCCCCUCCCCGACAGCCCGUGCGAAUUCAUCGAAACGACGAUCAGCCUUCAGUACAUCAUUCCCCACAUGUCUAGCCCAGCACUCUCUACCACCUCGUCGAACUCGUCUCCUCUGGUCAGGUUCACUUUGCCCAUGUCUCCUCUGCUUCAUCGCACCUGCCCUGCAUUCGAGCAGCUCGUAGAGGACCUGGUCGAUUUCAACAUUCGCGACCCAGCGGUGCUUAGUCCUAACCCUGUUGUUGACAGCGUCGUGGAGGACCUCGCUAACCUCAGCUUUGACGAUCCCGAGAUUGAGAUUUCUACUGUUGUCGACGACGCGGUUCCGGAGCCAAAGAGCAUUCCCAAGGAGACCCCAGCUCCCGACACACCGAUCAGUUCUACAGUGACCGUUAUGUCUUCGUCAGUCUCUUCGUCAGUCUCUUCGUCAUGGACUGCGAUACGGGAAUCUACCAUCAUCGUACCGGACACUCCAGAGCUCUUUGAGUCUUCGACGGUGAUGCCGUCCAUCGCACACAGCAUUCCGACGUCACCGGUGGCCCCUUCCUUGUGGGCGUCGAUACGCCAGGCCGCCAAUGCCUUGGCCAGCCCAGCUCUCUCCUGCUCCUCUCCUAUUUGGUCUCCAGCCUUAGGGUGCUCCGCUGCGGCUUCUCCGUUCUUGCCUUGUGUGAACCGUGACACCAACCCCUUCGUCACUCUUACGGCAGCGUUGCACCGCACGACCAUCCGCGAACGCGAUGUCGAGCCCUUACCAGUUCGCAUGGACGUUGACGAUGACAAUGCCAUCGACGAUAUUGUCAGCGUGUUCGCAGACAUGGCGAUCAGUGGCCAGGGGAAGGUGACAUGCCCACGCAGGGCUGGCGCCGACGGCUCAACGACCCUCAGGGUGCCGCAAAGCGUGGACGACUGCAUGGCCAAGCCUACGUUUUCCCCCGAUGUGGACGAGAUGAUGCUCUUUCCCGACUUCAACAAGGCGACAACCUCCCCUAUGCUCGACGAACCCACGUCCGACAUCGAGAUGGACGAGAGCACGGCAGACAAGAAACUCGCCUCCGAGGACGUUGAGAUGGCAGAGUCGGUGCUAGCUCGCGCCAAGAACGGCAUCGUGCCAGUUUCACAGAGGACGGCAGCAAGGCAUCCCACCGCAGUCGUCGACAACGCUGCUCGCCGUUCUCUUGUACAGGCAUGGCUUGUAUCUGUGUCUCAGACCGAAAGCAGCCGCGUUCAUGCUAUUCCUGCCAAUGCGACCACGCCAUCGCUCAGGAACGUCCAGCCACGUCAGUACAUCUACCGACAGGGGGACAAGAACUUCGCCAUCCAGUUGCCCGUUGCGACAACUUCGGCAAGCCCGCGCAAGACGGAAGCCCAGAAGGUACCUCCUUGUGCUUUGCUGACGGCCCUUUCAGGCCAGCCGUCUUCAUCAACGCAAGGCAGUGUACAAGCAACAACCGUUAUCAGUCGCAUGGCGCCGUCGUACAACUUCGCUCCGUCGCAGAAUGUCCCUGUCGUCAAUAGGCCGGGCUCGAUGCAGGGACCUCCACCCAAGCGCCACCGUGACUCGAACGCACUCAACGCUACUGGUGGCGUCGCACCUACAGCCGCCCCUCGUUCAUACAUCGCUGCCCCCGCUUCGUCCGUUGGGCCUCGACCUCACCCUGGCAACGCGCAGCGUUCAGCGUCAGGCUCACAGGGAGUACCCGGAAAUGGUCAGCCUCCGAGUCGGUCCCGCCCGAUGAAGAGGAUGCCCCCGGGUACUAGAAGGGCCGCAGGAGGCAGCGGUGGACAGUUCGUGUUUGGAGGUACGUCUGCGCUAGUUCGUCUACGUUUACUCGGCGGCUCAUGCGUACCCCAGCGUCGCCCGGUCGCGCUAUCAACGUCAGCUUCGGUCACUCUACAUAAACAAGUUCGCGCAGAAGAGACUUCAAGUUCAUACUACGCAUAUAUCUAUUACCUCGACUAUCCAACCCUCAUGGACUCUGGCAACAGUCUAGUCAACAUACCAUCACGUACACUCUGGUACUAGCACAUACACACGCUAACAAUUAUCCCAUAUAUUCGUGUAUCUUCCCCCAUACCAUCUCUUGACUUAGUCUUCUCCCGCAUCUGUAGUAUUAGCGUCUCCGAGUCCUCACUGUAGCAUCUAUAACCGUCUUCGACUGAAGCAAUGUAUCCAAGUCAUUUGUCUCGUCU